UUGGUGGCUCUGGGUGGUACUUUCCCUGGGGAUAGCCCAGAGCUGUCAUGGAAAGCCUGGCCAGCGGGUAUAUCAUGCCAAGGUGCAGGCAGGACAGGCAGGUAGCUCUCAGUGGCCCCAAGUCAGCAAGAACUGCUGCUGGCACUGACCGAGCCCCUGAUUGGACAUGAAGGUCUUCCCCUUGGCUCUGCUCACCCUGCUGCUGGUGGCUCUCUGGACUGGAAGCCAAGGCGCCUCCUUACGCAGCUCCUACAGCAUGUGUUGCUACAAGAAUAUGUUAAUCCGGGAGAAAAUCCCUGCGUCCCGUAUCAAGAAGUACCAGGAGACACCUUCCCACUGCUCCCGCAAGGCCAUGAUAGUGGAGGUCCGGAAUGGGAGGAAGUUCUGCGUGGACCCGAAGGAGGGCUGGUUCCAGGAGUACCUGCAGCAGAAGAAAUCAACCACCACCUCCAUGUGAAGCUGCCUUCCAUAUAAGCUCUAUUUAUUUGCAUCCAAUUACCUGUAC